CUGUUUGUCUGGUUACAUCUGCCGCACCAACUUCACACCAGACGGAACGCCCAAAUUCCAUUCUACUCUAUCCCGACUGCAAGGUCUGCUGCUUUCAAGAUGACGGACAAGCAGAGCGCCAAAGAGCGUCCUUCCAAGCGAUCGCUCACCCCCAAUCGUUCGAUCUACACUUCCUUCAAUGAGGCUCAUCGGAACAUCGCGCCUCCUACUCCAAAGCUGCCUUUUGAGGCGGAUCUAGGAAAUGAGGAGCCAUUGACCCCUGAGCAAGUCGAGAAGAUCCUCAACGACCCCAACCUCUCCAACAGCUCCAGAGAACUUGAGGAUAAGGCGAAGUCUCAGGACCAUGAGCAUUCAUCAGUCAUCAAUCAGGCUGCCCACGACACCAAGAUUACGAGCCGUUCGUCGCAAUCUGCGGUCGAGUCGCAGAGCAAGACUACCAACUAUGGCCGUCAGGCUUCUGUCUCCAUCUGUGGUUCUGAGGACGAGCAUGCUUUCCUCGACACCUCAGUGUCUUCCUUACAAGACUCGAAGAGCAAGAGCUAUGAGGUCGAUCCCGAAUAUGAUCCUUUCGCCAGUCAGCAUGCCAUGGACAACUAUCCCGAUGCUUCUUCUUUCUAUCCUGAAGAUGGUGCAGCCUACAGCCCGGGUGUCUCUGAUGAUGACUUCGUCCCCAACCAUGUCAAGCUUGAUCCCGAGUCUUCCCCCAUUCUGGCGUCACUUCCCACCCUUCUCCCUCCGGUUGCAGCAAGCUCCCAAGAUCCCUCUCAGCACGCAACUCAGUCUCACUUCGACGAUGUCACCAAGAAGCAGCAAGCGACUGACUACUUCAACACCACCCACGUGUCUGGCCAGAACAGCACUCAAUACCCUAUCAGCUUUGAAAAUGGCGCCAACCCUACGCCUGACGACCCCAGCAUGCCUAUGUCAUCCACCAAGGAUGAGACAAAGACUGAGUCGAGCUAUGAUGGCGACAUUUCUGAAGUCUCAGAGGAUCAAUUCAUUGAUCAAGACAAAGGAAAGGCCUCCUCUAGCCGACUGAACCCCUUUCACGCUUUCUCAGCCGCAGCUUCUUCCACCCAGGAAUCAGAGGUGAACUUUGAACAGGUCCAGCCAGACUCCAAGAAGUUUUUCUUGCGCCCACUCGCUGAGAAAGAUGUCUCUCGUGCUCUGCACUGCGCUACCGGAAUCAGUCAGCCUUCCAGUGGUCUCAUUGUUGGCCGUACUCGCCCCUCGCACACCAGCAACAGUGGUCUUCACGGUUCACCUUACAAGAAUGGCAAGCCCCAGCAAGAGGGAUUCUACCAUGCUCCAGCAAUCCAACCAUCUUGGAAGGUCACCACCUCUGGCGUCAAGGUCCCUGUUCCCAACCCAUACACUGGAAAUGAUGAGACCAACAUGCGAGAGACUCAGCCAUAUGACACCAUCGACAAUACCCACAUGGCCACGAUGGCAUCGACAGCAGAUGAGAGAACUCGAUUGGAUGGGGAUGAAGACUGGCGUACCGUCACUGAUGACCGCGAGGAGUUCCCUACUGGAGCCAUGGGCCGGGUCAUGACAGGAAGCAGCAUUGCCAAUGUCUCCGAUGCACUUCUUAUUCGACAGCAAGCCCAGUACCAAGGUCGCCGCCCUCCUUCCACUACCACUGCUUGGUGGGAAAUGGCUAAGUCUACACCUGUGGCCUCGCCGACUGUUCCCUCGCCAACUGUCCCCUUCCCUCCGAUGGCCGAUCUCCCAACUCCCAUAGGGCCCCCUUCUCCGGUCUUCUAUCGCAAUCAGAGACAGAACCAAUUUGAAGAGAUCGAGCUUGGACCUAUGUCUCCCUCCGGCGCUGCACAGAUUCUGGAUGGCAAUGGAAGGCUUACCAGAUUUCCCUUCCCCUUGGUCGCCCGAGAAGACGCAGCAAGGAUCCAGGCUGUGCGACGCGCGAGCGGCAUUGAGGAUCAGACUUUGUCCGGCCGUAUGACUUCAACUGGCUUCCGUUCUUCUUCCAUUCAAGACAGCAGCCACUUUCUCACCCGCCCAUCCUUGCGAAAGGACUCAGCGCGUUCGCUUUUCAGCAGGAUUAACAACCCAAACUUUGACUGCCGCAGUGUCUGGACACCUGAAAACCCUUUCCAAAGACCGGCAACCGAGCUGGCGGCGCGCCCUCGGGCCUCGACCGCGGCCAGCCGGAACUGGGGCGUCAACACCCCCAGGGCCUCCGCCGCCAGCUCCCUGGCCACCAGCCAGCGGGACAGCCGCCCGGUGUCACCUCACCUCGUCUCAACCGAGGUGGCACCGCGGUACGAAGCCUUCCAGGCUGUCCGCAACGCUGGUGGUCGGGGCACCGACUCGGAGUUGGCCGACAUGGCCGCGACGGCUGGUGACGCUGCGCUCUCUCUAAUGGCGCAGCGUCGCCAGAGGGCCUACUACGUCGCGGUCAUGGCAGCAACACUCCUUCUGCCCAUGGUGGGCUGGGCCAUCCUCACCUGGCACGGAGACCGAGUCCUCUCGGCCAUCACUCACGGAGAGUGCUCUGGCCUCUCAUACAACCAACGCCGCAACCUGCGGAUGAUGCUCCUGGGGGGCUGUGCCCUCUGGGGCAUCGCGGUGGUCGUGGGCCUGAUCACCACGGCCGCCACGCGGGCCUAA